UUUGACCAUUGCGCCGCGUCUCGCUGUUUUUAUAGCGUCACGUUUUUUAGACGCCGUGUCAGGUUAAAACGAACUGUUAAAUGCGUUGCGCUGCGUCUAGAUUUUUUUUAUUUUUUUAUUGCUGUUACGCGUUCGGUCUGAACGGCCCUUAAUAGCGCAAGCUCGGUCGCGUCUGACGUAGAAGGGCUUCUUGGAAGAAAACAUAGCUGCUCCACACACAUGCGACUUACACAAGAUAUUGGAUAGGAUAUCAACUAGGAUAACGCCAAUAGAAUGCGUUCACCUGUUAUUUUCGGAGCAUUUUCUACAGUUAAUGAAAAUGGGAUAGUGAUGAAGACGGAAUGGUAAAAGCAUGCUGGUGAUGCUGCUGAUCGCAGGAUUAGGCUGACACAAAAGAGCGUUCACACCGUGUUUAAUUGCGGAUUAAAGGAGCAUCAGACGGAGGAGGAGAGCGGGCUUGCACAAUAAGGAGACGUUUCUUUAUUAGCUGGGUACGAACUGGGAGCUAGUCGCGCGGCGCGCAACGUUGACAGCAUCGCUCGGAUGGUGGUGCCGUGGACCCCGCGACUAUGUCACUACAGUCCUGGGUGAUUGUUCUGGUGGGGGUGAUGUCGUACUUCAACCCGGAGAGAGCACUGGGAGCCCCGCAGAAGGAAGUCUCUCUAUCCCGGGAUGGCUUUCUCUCUCCUCCCCCUUAUGUGAUUAUUCUCAUCUCCUGCUCUGGACUGGUCUCUUUUGUUCUGUUGCUUCUCACCUGCCUUUGCUGCAAAAGAGGAGGAGUGGGAUUCAAUGAGUUAGAUAAUGCCGAAGGGGAAGAAUGCUCCAGGGCUUCCAGCCCUGUUCCUGAGGACAGUUUGUCCUCAUGUCCAUCACUACCGGAGGUCUACACUCUUCCUCUGCGGGAUAAGACCUGCCCCACCCUACCUAAUGGCACAGACAGCUUCCAAUAUUUCCGAAGGCACACUCUCAACUACCUGCAGGAGAUCGGAAAUGGCUGGUUUGGGAAGGUAAUCCUGGCGGAGGUGCUUUGUGACUGCAGUUCCUAUCAGGCUGUGGUGAAGGAGUUGAGGGUCAGUGCCAGUCCUUUGGAAAAGCGCAAGUUCUUGGCAGAAUCAGAGCCAUACAGAAGCCUCCAGCAUCCAAAUAUACUCCAGUGUUUAGGCCAGUGCAAUGAGAGCGUCCCUUUCCUCCUGGUUAUGGAGUUCUGUCAACUGGGCGACCUUAAGAGGUAUUUAAGAGCUCAAAGGAAGUCUGAUGGGAUGACCCCUGACCUUUUAAACCGAGACCUUUUGACCUUACAGCGAAUGGCAUAUGAGAUCACCUCAGGUCUCCUGCAUCUCCAUGAGAACAAUUACAUCCACAGUGAUUUGGCACUGAGGAACUGCCUCCUAACCUCCGAUCUUACCAUUCGGAUCGGAGACUAUGGACUCUCACACAACCAAUAUAAGGAGGAUUACUAUCUAACCCCAGACAAACUGUGGAUCCCUCUCCGCUGGGUCGCUCCUGAACUUCUGGAGGAGUUUCGUGGGAAUCUGAUUGUUACUGAUCAGACCAAAACCAGCAAUGUGUGGUCUCUGGGUGUGGUGAUAUGGGAGCUGUUUGAAUUUGGAGCCCAGCCGCACAGACACCUAAGUGAUGAAGAGGUUCUCACUUUUGUCAUCAGGGAACGACAGAUCACUCUGGCUCAACCUCGCCUCAAACUCACUCAUGCAGACUAUUGGUAUGAGGUCAUGCAGUCAUGCUGGUUACCUCAAUCCCAGCGGCCGACGGUCGGUGAAAUCUUCCUCCUCCUCUCCUCUCUCCUUGCCGCAGAACAAGGAAGUCGAAAGAGUGCUAGAAGGGAUGAAGAUGAUGAGGAUUAUGAAGAAGACGAUGGUCAAGGAAGGAGAGGAGAGAGUGAAGAGUCAUUUGAAAGGCGAUGGGAUGCACUUCGGCCCCCUGCUUUCCUGUCAGCCACAAACAAACUACUGAGAGAGAGAGAGUAUGGAAGGGAAGAUGGCUGCCUCAGGGGCAAUGGCAGCUCCUUCCCUCUUUUGGAUCCUGUGGACAAUAUGAUCACUCCUACAUCUGAACUCGAUGACAUCCUUACGGUAACAGAGACAAGCAAAGGGUUAAACUUUGAAUACUUCUGGGAAAAGGCCCAUGGCAGGAGGGGUUACAAACAACUUCCUCCACCUCAACCAAUACCAGCACCCAAUUCUGCCCACAGGCAAACUUUGGACACACCCACUGUUGUCCCUGUGAUCAGCGCCCGCAGCCCUUCAUUGGCCAGUGAGUAUUACAUUCGCCUAGAAGAGCAUACUCCCCAGGAUAAGUCUCCUAUUUUCCAAAGCAAAGGGCACUCAUUAAGAACAAAUUCAAUGUGCCCUGGAGACCUGGAACUGGUCGAACUUCAGACUGGGAGUACUGGAAAAGACAGACCAACUUUCAGUCAGCACGAUGGCUUUGCAAGAGGCACCUCUCAGACUGUCAGAUCCAGCGAGGUACAGGUUCUGGUUCCAAACACUGGUUUGGUUGAGUUCAGUAAGGAGAGCUGUAACCGAGUAACAGAUUACGCUGUAAUAGACAUUGGAGAUUUUAAAGGAGAACCAAACAAAAAGUGCUCUGUAUCCCUUGGUUCCCAAACACCCAUCCUCCCACCUAAACCACAUUCAAUGUCCACAUCUUCUGGCAGCCAUCUACACUCACACCCCCUGCCUGCUCCUCCAUUAGGAUACCCAAGAGCAUAUGGGCUAGGUGUCUACCCUGGAUCCUCAUAUCAAAUGGGCAAAGUUGAGACCUCUGAUUCUUUGUUAAUGAGUAGCUCCUCACUGUCAAAAGCCAAUUUUGACCAUUUGGGCUUUAAUCGCACUCACACAAAACUGCCUCCAUCUCCUUCUCUCUCUCCUUCCAUUCCACCUUCCUCUGGGGGUCAUUCUCUAUUACCCCCACCCCAAACCUGCCCUCCACCUCUCCCACCCCAAUAUAGACUCCAAAAGGGUCCAAAUUAUUCAUCAGAGACAUACUCCAGAUACAAUGUGAUGCACUUGCAAAGAGACACACAAAGCUGUGACCACACUGAUAAGCUAAAUGCUGACAGAGGCAUUACACAAUCUCAGUCUUUGUACAAUUCAGGAGAUGGUCCAGAUACAUACACUCAAGACAAUGAGUUGUCAACUGACCUUCAUUCUUCCUGUUCCAAAAUGACCCGUUCCCAAUCCACAAUUCCAAAAAUUGAAAGAACAUCAUCCUCUAGCCCAGAGUAUUUAAGGGAUGAUGAUUAUGAUUUAGUUGAUGACUCACCGUUCCUGUCACCAGACAGAUCCACCAGUGGCACAACCAUUCAGCACAUCAGCCUGGCUGAUGAGCCAGACCCUGCUACAGCUGAGCUAUUUACAAGGGGGAUGAAGCGAACCCAGUCUCGCCUUGCCACCAUCCUCCCGGCCAUUUGGAGAGAAGAUGCAGCCAUGCAAAGGGAGCGUGUGGCCGCAGCUAGGAAAUACCCAAUACACCUGUUUCUGACUGAGAUCUCUAAUGACUCAAUGGACUUGAAAGAGGGCGAAAGCUCAAGGGAAAGAGAACAUGAUGGACGAAAAGACAAAGAAAGUGGAUUCAAAGGAAUGCGUCGAUCCCAGUCUCUUGUUACAGAACUUGACUCAUCCUCACAGUCUUGGGACCCAGACAAAGACUUACUGACUGGAUAUGAAGGUAGUGCCAAAAAGAGAGAUUUGUUCCUCACAGAGAUCAUGACAUCGGUGUCAGAUUGUGAGGAUGCAUAUGAUGGUGAAGGUGGGACCCCAGUUUCCAGAUUUGGAACCACACCUCAUCCUUAUGCACAUCCUCCAGACCUGCCAACGUAUGCAGAGGCUGAAGAGGCUUUCUCACAGGGGAUAAAGAAGUCUCAUUCCCUGCUUACUGAAAUAUCCAAUGAGGUUGUAGAACCUAAGCCUAAGAAAGGGGAAAUGACUAGAGAGGAAUUCUUAAAGGAGAUCCAAUCUGCUGAAACAUUUCUAACUGAAAUCAUUACAAGGGAACGUAAAAAGGAAGAGAGUGUGUCACCUAUUCCAUUGUCUCCUGAGUAUGAGACAAUAUGCAUUGACCCAGAAUCGGCUCAGACGAUACGGUUUGAAUCAGACAGAGCAAGAACGGAAAAGUCACAGAGUGACACAAAAGAAGCAAUUUAUGCUCAAGUCACCAAGCGGGCUAAAAGGUGUGAAAUAAAAGUUGCCAUGCAUCCAGAUAUUCCAGUACUUCAAAUAGCAUCAGAGUUACAAAAUCUUGAGUCAGGCCAGCAAAUAACCCAGUCUUUAGAUUCAGUCAGUCACUUUACACCUGAAAUACAGCCUGAGUCAAUCUCGAAGAAUUUACCAAAUUACUUUGCCCCCUCAGAGGUAAUGCCUAAAAAUGGACUUUUCCUAGACCAGAUAUCUCCUGUUAUGAAAGAGGCACAAGAUACUGAAACAAAACACAAUGCUGAUGUGCCACUCUGUGAUCUAAAAUCUAAACAGAUAGAAGAGCUAAACAUGCAGUCUCAGGAUCAGUGUUUGUCAGAUGAGUAUGUAAGUGAAACUCCAACAGAAAGCAGGAAUUUGUACAAUGUUAAUGGUUUCCACAAAGACGACAAAACUCAAAUCACUGGAGAUACCCAGAGCAGAAGUGUAGAUGAAACUGAUUUGAUUGGAAUACUUGCUCAGGUAAAACAGCAGACACACAGCAAACAUCACAGUGUUUUACCUGGUGUAGAGAUGAUGACAUCAAAUGCAACAUUUAAAGAAGGAUCUGAACAUCUAAACCAGAGCCCAAAUGAAUCAUACCUUCUAGAUAUGUCAAAAAACAGAAAUUCACCAAGUGAAACAACAUCUACAAAGAAGAGGGAAUACAGUUCAAACAAGUCCCCUUCAGUUACUCAAAACAGCAUGAGUCAAGACUCUUCCACCAUCAAUGGACAGAUCUCACAAAUGAAGACGUCCUCUAAAUUCCUUGAGCAAACCACUCUAACUGACAUGGCGACCCAUGGGACCAUCUGCCAUGAAAAAGACACAAAAACUACACAGGAGAAAAUACUUCAGAGCGACUCAUUACUAUCUUUAAGUGAAAUGAGCACAGAUGUAUUCCCAUUACCAAUGGUAAAUGAACCAAACUCAGAUCAGUCAAUCUCCACCAUGACCCCCACAGAUUCUGUCUUGUCCCCUUUAACCUCUAGUUCAUUAGACUGCCUCACACCUGAAAACUCCUGGGCGGGUGGAGAAAGCAGUGGAUGGAGGGCCCUGGGAAGUGAAAUGCUACACCGGGACUCUGCCUACUUCUCUGACAGUGACUUGGAUGGUGGAGAAGGUUUAGGCAGAAGAAGUACCGAUGGACUCGGCUCUUCCCGUCCAGGUGCCGUUCGAAUGGGAGAGCGAGGAAUAUUGAUGGGAAUUGAGGAAAAAAUGGAGAUUGAGGAUGAUGGAGCACUGGAGCAUGAAGAUUUCAAAAAGGAGGGGAAAAUGAAAGAGGACAUCCAGGAAUUUUGGGUUUCGAAUAAAUCAGAUAAUGUUGGAACAGAUGAUAAAAGAAAUUUGGAGAGUACUAUGGUAGAGAAGGGUCUCAAAAAUGUUGUUAAAACAAUUGUCUCGGGAGACUCUCAGAAUGAAGGCAAUGCUGAGUAUAUUGCCAGGUUAUUCUCCAAUGGAAAGGACGAGCCAAUUAAAGGAUUUUCAUUUAGUGACAGCUCUCUUAACUUCCAAAACUCAUCUCUUGUUAAGAAUAAUGAGCUGGUCAUUUCCCAAACAUUUUCAAAAGAGACAACGUUUCAUGAUUCAGGUUGUACAGACAUUGGCCUGCUUUCCCAUUCAGUCUCAAAGUCUCAAAAAAAGGAAGAAAUCAUUGAACAUUGUGCAUAUUUGCAAACUGCUAACUAUAAAGGAGCAGGUUGUACAUCACCUGAAUUCCCUAAUGCUGGAAGUGGCCAUGAACAGCCAUCAGACAAAAGUAAAUCCAGGUUAUCACGGUUUUAUAGCUUACAGUCUGAUUAUUCUAAAUGCAUCAUCAGCACUGAUAUAAACACUGACCUCAGCAAUGAUGACACAAAAUGCACCCUGACCAAUUUUGUCUGGUCUGAGACAAAAGCUGAACGACCCUCAGGAGAGGUGAGGAACAAGCUUGAUAAACAAGACUCUGAUGCAAAUGAACUUGGCUUGAGAAACCUCUCUUAUUUAGAGGAGAACGAGGAUGAGCAGACAAAAGAGAGGUCUGAAAGUCAGUUAGCUGUAGGUGAACUCUGCUUCACUGUCAAGGAAGCCUCACAAAAUGCUGCAGAUGAGCAAGUCAGCUGUGUGGAGCCUUCAAAAGUUGAAAGUUCUGAUGAGUUCAGCAGGAGUGCCUCUAUGGGACUUGAACUUAAGGAAAAAGAGUUGUGGAGCGCCCUCGAGGAAGAUUAUUGUACAGAGGAGACUGUGAGUGGUGAAAUCAACUGCCACAGAUUUCAGCAGGGUGAGCUGCACCUUUGGCCUGUGGAAAAUGAUCAAUGGGCUGCAGCCGAAACCCGGACACAGGAAGCAGGGCUUGGAUCAGAGCUCUUCCCAAGUUUUGAGAAAAAAGCCUGGACAGAGGAAGAACACUUAGUGGUGAGCCAUGAAUUCUGGGAAUCUGAAGCAAAUGAUGAACUAGCAGAUAGUGAGUCUCAUCCAUCUGCUCAGAGAAUAUGUGAAGAUACCUUUAAUGAUGAGAGCAUUGGACAGGUUGGUUAUCCACCAUCUGAAAAACAUGAAUUGAUCCUUUCUGGUGGGGUAAAAGAAACUUGUAUAUCUCAGCAGACACCUGUAGAAGGGUUAGACUUCCAGCAAGAGGAGAACAUGGAAAAUCCAGACAUGGAAAAUAGAGAACCAGAGCUGUAUACUAGCAAUAUUAAGAUACAAGUUGAAAAUUUGGAGAACCCAGAGCAGGAGGCACCAGUACAUCACAGACCUGCUGAGAUGAUGAUUCAUGAUACCGAGAAUUCUGAGGCAUGUUUACAAAAUGAUGUCGGAGAUGAAUUCUAUGUGGAUGAAGAUGAUAAAGAAUUCUGCAGGCUUGAGGAUAGCAAAAACACGGUAGGUGUUAGAGGUUGCAUGACUCACUCUCCCUCACUUUCCACUACAAACCAUGCUCAAACUGUUGAGUUGGAAUCUCUACAAUACCAGAAAGAACCUCUUUCUAGUCACAGCAACAGUUUGCCAAGGGAUCAAAUUGAAGCCGAAUGGGCACCUAAAACUGAAGCAAGCAAAGUGCUGGCCGGAGGCCUUGAGGAAUAUCAAGCCUGCACAGUAGAUAUGUCAAACUCAACCACUGCAACUAACCUGGAUGAUAGUUCUCACCUCAUGUCAGUGUAUCCAGAGCUUCACAAUACUGAAACAAGUAGACAGGAUGCUGAAAGUAAUAACUGCCCUGCCAUGAACAGGAAAGGACAAGAUGAUGUAUUUUUGGAAAAAGAAAGAUCAGAAUCUCCAUCGUUCCCAAGUGUAUCCAUUAGUACAGACCCAGAGCCAUGUAAAAUCCACAGCAGCGAUGUUCAGUGUUCAGCACCAUCACUGAUUUCAAUGAAGCUAUCAGAAUGUGUUGCCUCCCCACAUGCAGAAGUGGAGAAGUGCCAAAAUCCAAGUAGUUUCCCAAAUACAGUUCACCACAUAGAAAUAAAGACCAGUACAAAUCUGUUCUGUGGCACAGAUCAAGCUUCUACUAAAGGACUUGAAGAGCGUUCAGGCUGUUUUGAUGAUACUAAUUGUCUAAAUCAGUAUCUUGAAGAAUUUGCUGCCAGUACCAUUACCCACAACAAAGGUAUCACUGCAAAUUUGGGACAAAAAAUGCACACAUCUCUCAUAAAGGAAAACCACAUUCACCCAGAAUCAAACAGUGUACGAGUGGAUGACAGAAAUAGCCUGUCCCAGAAAGCGGCCCUUCCACCUCUAUCACAGUGUUCUCUGAACUCCAUCCCGGAGUUGUUAAUCUCUGAGUGGAAGGAUUUGGAUGAGGAGCCUCUGGAGGAUUUUGAAAAACUGGAGCAGCUGUGCUGCAUUUCUGGGGAUGAAGAUACUCUUGGAGAUCUGUUUUUAGGAAACUUGGAUCUGCUUGAAUCUUUGAAGAAACAUCCAGAGCAGAGAACGAGUGGUGCUUGUGGCAUAAAAAGCCAAGAUGAAUCAGCAGUUUCAGAGGGGAAGACAAGAGUAGAGUUAAAAGAGGAAGUCGAUGGGAUAUUGAAAAGUUCCACUGCUGUCUUGCAGAACUCGGAGCAAUGUGAAAACAUUUCUCCAAAUUUCCCAGGUGAAGCUGAGCUGUUGCUGGAGAACAGAACAGGGCAACAUGGGCCAACAGCUCUCUCACCGUGCCAUUCUACAGAUGGUUCCAAAGGGCAGAGGUCACUCUCAAAAAUGCAGACAAAGAAUGGACUGAUGAUGCAGGUUUGUAAGGAGAAGCUUCAGUACUCUCUCAGUGAAAAUGUUAAAACCAAUGUUCUGUGGGGAUCUACGGUUAGUGACAGUGUAAUUCUACACCCUUGGGGAGCCACUACCACUUCAUCCCCUGAAGGAAGUGUUUCAAACAAAGAAGAAAAGGAGAGUGAAACGGAGACCCCACCCAUGUCUCCCUCUGUAUCUGUGAGUGAACCUGCUGAAACACAGACAGAAGCACUGACUGUGCUUGAACAGCCUGAGGUUACUCCCUCUCUGUCAGCUGCAAACCAAGCUAUGAAAGCUAAGCUGGCCCGUCUCUCCCUAUCCCUCCCUCCACUCUCUCUCUCUCUUCCUCUCUCACCGAACCCCAAAGGAGGAUUCUGGGAAGGGCGAGAGCACAGAGCUGGGAAGAGGAGGGGGGCAUCAACAGGAAGUGAUCCAGAUGAAGAUGAAGAAGAGGAACAGGAGGAUGAGUCUCCCAGGCGCAUUAUUGUUGUCACAGAAACAGAUGUUGACAAGAGAGUAGGCUUGCGUAGCUUGUUGAAAUCACCAAAGGAGCCAGUGGAUAAAGAGAACCGUGACUGUGGGAGAAAUGUGUCAUUUUUUGAUGACGUUACAGUCUAUCUUUUCGAUCAGGAAACUCCAACCAAUGAACUGAGUUCUGGAUCUGGUAGUUCAUCUCCCCACGGAAAGCCCCCCGACGCUGAUGGUUUUGGAGUGGGCAGCCACAGGGCAGCAAAGAGUAAAGAACAUGUAGUGAAGCCAAGAUCUCCAACUGGAGUCACUUCUGGCUCAUCAUCAAGGUUUACAGUGAGCCCUGCCGAUGACCCACAUUUAGUGUGACGCAGGGCCAUAGCAAGGAAUCCUGGGCCCCCUGACUGUAUAGUGAUCUGGGCCAAUUUCAUAAUUAAAAAAUACAGUUUAAAAUUUGUUGUGGUCCCCCCUGGGCCCCUAGAAUUGUUAUCAACUUUCACCCCGUUUUCUAUGGCUCUGGUGUGAUGUACUACUUUUCCCCAAACACCUGGACAAAAUUUUCCCCCUUGGAGUGAAUGAGUGGCCCCCAUUGUCAUCGGUAACUAUGACGACUCCUGGAGGUUAUUUUUUUUAAUGACAAGAAAAGGAAGGACUCCCGUUUCAAAAGGCUGGAGACAGUCCAGGUUUUACUCACUGCAGCAGCUGGAGUGGUGAAUCAAUGCCACACAUAGAAAGUACCUUCCAAACAGGCAAAAACCUUGGAGUUAUGUAAAAUCUGACAUGUACUUUUCAGCUAUGCAAUGGGAGUCUUAUUAUGUACCAGCUUAACUGUUCUAUUUUCAUGGCUUCUUAAAGUACAUUUGUAUUUUAUUCCCCUAAAUUAUAGGGUUGCACUUUCUCUGACCAGUACCUGUCUAUUUGUGAGCUUAGAAAUAUUGACAUUACUUUUCUUCUCAUUGCAGUCAGACAUAUUUGUAGUUUGUGGUUGAGGGGGAAAUUAGCUCUCAAAAUCACAACAGUGCAGUUUUCAUUUGUACAAACUAAACAUGGAAUUGCAUCAGAAUAAAAACUCAUUUUAAAACUAUUUAAUUUAAAUGUAUUCUUUAGAAUGCACGAAAACUGUUUAUAUACAGAUUUUUUUUAUUGCAAGAUGUUAGUUAUUUCUGUAUCUAAUUUGUUUACUUAAUUGUUUAUUUAUUCAGCAUUUGUUUUUUCUUUAAAUAUUUGUUUGUUUGUUGGCCUAAUUCACUUCAUACGUUAAAGAAAACUGCAUAUUUACUUUUUAAAUUAUUUUGGAUUUAUGGCAUUUGCCAAUUAAUCCUAUUAACAAGAGCCUCAAACAUUUAUCCUUGCAUAUGUACAAACACUUGAAAUGUUUUCUCUUAUUUAGCUAUUUAGAUGUCAGUCUGUAUCUAGUUGUCCAAUAAUGUGUCUCUCUGCAGGUGUUAUUUUCUAAUAAUGUAUCUGACAUUAGCUUUUCUUUUAUUCAUUUUUGAAGCAGUCAUUGUUGCUUUGCAUGAAAAAAGAGUGAAAUCAGCAUACAUGACUAUUAGUUGACUUAACUAUUAAUACAUUUCCAUUUGUCGAUCUUAUCAUUCAUGCAAAUGUCUGAGGUAAUCCAGAUUAUUUGUUACGUCACGUUCAGCAUCUGUUUCAUUUAGAGGUUUCUUAUUCUGUAAAAGGGAGUGAAAAUAACAUGGAAACUGUGAAACAUUUAUUGAACUGUUUGAUGACAAUAAAUUGUU